CCUGAAAACUGAUGCAGUGAUUUCGCUCAUUCAACACUUGUCCUCGAACCUGCUUUAUUUAUUUAAUAUUUUUUUAGUAUUUUUUAUUUCUAAAACUACCUGCGCUGGAUUUCUCUCUCUUCUCUCUAUUUUUGUGUGUGUGAAGAUGAAUCUGUGGCUACGCAGGGGCUAUGCCGUCAGCCUGAAGUAGUACGAUUAGUAUUUGCAAUCUUAUUAUCGGCUUCGCAUCUUCAAAUUUCUCAAUAACUUGCGCAACGCAGCUCUUACGCUCCUUGUGAUCGGCAGCUGAAUUUUCGUUUGGGUGAUUUCAUUUAAUAUACUGUAUAAGAUUGGGAUUCUGAUGGUUCAACAAACAAAAGAUUCUACAUUUACUGAAUACGGGCUUGCUCACGCUGAAUCUGGUCUGUCAAAUUCUGAUAAGCAACUCUCCAUCUCAACAGCCGCAAAGAGGACAGAAUUGCUGGGUUCCCGUAAUGAGAGCCCCAUGGCCGUGUCUAAAUCUAUUGGAAGCCAGUUCCCUGUGGAGACCAGUGAAAGUGUUGAUGAAGCUGUUAAGAUUUCUGGAACCAAAAGGCCUAUACCAAGCCCUCUGAAAAGUAAUGGUGGAGGCGCGCACAUUGUCUAUGUUCGCAGAAAACCUGAACUAGAAAUAGCAAAGAGCAAUCUUUGUGAUACUCAACUUAAUGCUGACAAUUGUUCUGAUACUAAGAAAUCUGUUAACCAGGAUGAUGCAACUCAACAGUUCACAGGGAAGAAUGAGCCCAUGAUAUGUGUAUCAGAUGCUGCACCACUUCCUAGGGCUUCUUCCCCAAGUUUCUCAUCUACAAGACGUUCAGUUUCUCCUUCUCUUGGAGUAUCUGGUAAUAUAUCAUCACCAGAGAUUAUUAAACACGUUGAUUUUAACUGUGAAAAACCUUCUCCAAAAGAACCUGCAAUGGUGAGUGUCAAUCUCUGGGAAGAACAAUAUAACCGCUUGCAGAGUUUUUUGAAAAUGUUGGAUCAAUCAGAUCAGUAUGAAUAUGUUCAGAUGCUUCGAUCGCUUUCUUAUGUUGAGCUUAGCAGACAUGCGUUGGAACUUGAGAAACGAUCAAUUAAGCUUUCGUUGGAGGAAGCAAAAGAGAUGCAACGAGUUCAGUUCGCUGAUGUCUUUGGUAAAUAUAGAAAGAAUGUCUGUACACCCUCUAAUCUACCAGAGCAGUUACACAAGUGAAAAUUUGCCAACCAAAGCAAGGUCUGCUCUCUUUUACUAAUACCGAUACAAAAUGAUGUGGUUGUAGAUCUGUAGUAUGUAUAUAUCUUAGUACAGAAAGUGCAAUGAGGAGCACUCUUGCAUUUGGAGGUGCUUCAUAUAGAUUUAGCUACUUGCUACAUGAAUAGCACUCUCCUAGUUCCCAUUGUCUAUUAUGCUUACAAAUAAACAAAUUUUGUGUAUUUAGCUGUCUAAAUGCUCCAAAUUCCUGGGACCAAAAUUGUACCUACUGUGAAAUGUUCAUCUCAUAAAAAAGAAGAUUGGAACUUGUCAAUAA